AUGGAUGCAAAUCAUACUGUGAUUUGUUGGCCUGUGGUGGAUCAUUUACCCUCAUUAGAAUUGGGAUGCCAAUUGGCUAUGAUGGACCAGCAUUUCCAAAGAACUCCACAGAGGGGAUUUUUGCUAGACGACGAGCCUGAUGGACAACAACAAUCUGCACUGCAACAAUGGUCAAUCAUUGGGACAGUGAAGUAUAUAGAUUCCAAACACUACUCAGUCCCCGAAGGAAAAGCAGUGAUAGAGCUAGUCUCCGGUGCUCCCUCAGUCGUCCUAACCAGCGCAGCCCUCACAGUGGGUUCUACUUAUACCUUGGAGUUCAUGAUGGGAGACGCCAAUGACUCCUGUGUGGGAGAUUUUACUGUGUAUGCACAAGUAGGAAUGACUAUAUGGAACUUCACAAUGCGAAGCAAUGGUUCUGGGACUGCCCAGAAUCAUUCUUUGAGGUUCAAGGCAGAAAUAAUCCUGAAUUGUAUCAGUUUUGCAAGCUUUAAUGGCACACAGACAAGUGACAAUCUGUUCUGUGGCCCUGUGAUUGACAAUGUCAUUCUUCAUCAUUCCUACGGUGUGAGGCCAAAACUGCACAUUGGGGUUUUGAUUUCUAACUUGGUUUUGACAUUGAAAACUCUCUGGAUAGUCCUACAGUUGUGUAGAUCCUUGUUCUACAUGUAA